AACAUAAGUUUGGUCUAUCUUGUUGGAACAGCCCAUUUUUCGUCAAAAAGCCAGGAAGAUGUCUUGAAAACUAUUACCAGUGUUCAGCCUGAUGUUGUAGCUGUAGAACUUUGUGAAUCUCGUAUGUUGAUAUUAUCGAUGGAUGAAGAGAAAGCACUAGAGGAAAGUAGAAAUAUGGAUUUCAAGAAGAUUCUUCAUUAUAUGAAAGACGUUGGAACUAUACAAGGUAUAAUCCAAGUUGCGAUGAUUUCAUUAUCAGCUCAUAUUACUCGAAAACUUGGUAUGGCUCCUGGAGGCGAAUUUCGAGCCGCUUAUGCUGCCUGUAAAACUGUUCCUGCAUGCCGUUUUGUUCUAUGUGAUCGGCCUAUCCAGAUUACGUUGAAUCGUGCCGUAGCAUCAUUAUCUAUAUUUCAAAAAAUGCGUCUAUUCGUGCAAUUACUUCGAUCGAGCAGAGCCGAUAUAACAGCAGAAGAAGUAGAAAAAGCCAAAGAAGGCGAUGUGCUUGAUAAAAUGUUGAAAGAAAUGUCAGAACAAUUUCCUACGCUAGCAAAGACCUUAAUUGAAGAACGUGAUCUUUUUAUCAUUCUCAUUUUUGUUUUUUUUUCAGUUAAAUGGCAAAAGGUUGUUGUUGUUGCUGUUUUGGGUAUGGGUCAUAUUCCUGGUAUUGUUGCUAAUUGGGAAAAGGAUAUCAAUAUUCGUCCACUUUACGAGUAA